ACUACUGUUUCCCUUCAUGUGCUCCGGCGCCGUCGCUCCCCUUCCUCAGGCCGCCGUUUACCCCGGGGUCUAUGGAAGUAAUGGAAGGACCCCUCAAUCUGGCUCAUCAACAGAGCAGACGAGCAGAUCGUUUAUUAGCUGCAGGAAAAUACGAAGAGGCUAUUUCUUGUCACAAAAAGGCUUCAGCAUAUCUUUCUGAAGCCAUGAAGCUCACACAGUCUGAGCAGGCUCAUCUGUCACUGGAAUUGCAAAGGGACAGCCACAUGAAACAGCUCCUCCUCAUCCAGGAGAGGUGGAAAAGGGCCAAGCGGGAAGAGAGACUGAAAGCCCAGCAGAGCACAGACAAGGAUGCGGCCGCCCAGCUCCAGGCCCCGCACAAACCUCCUUCUGAGGAUGCAGAGGGCCAGAGCCCCCUUCUCUCUGAGAAAUACAGCCCUUCUACGGAGAAACAUCUGCCUGAAAUCCAGGGGGUCUUUGACAGGGAUCCAGACACACUGCUGUUUUUACUUCAGCAGAAGAGGGAGCCAGCAGAGCCGUGCAUUGGAAGCAAAGCCCCUAAGGACGACAAGACAAUCAUAGAGGAGCAGGCUACCAAGAUCGCAGAUUUGGAGAGGCACGUCGAAUUCCUCGUGGCUGAGAACGAAAGGUUAAGGAAAGAAAACAAACAACUAAAGGCUGAAAAGGCCAGACUUCUAAAAGGCCCAGUAGAAAAGGAGCUGGAUGUCGAUGCUGAUUUUGUAGAAAAGUCAGAGUUGUGGAGCUUGCCACCACAUUCGGAAACUGCCACAGCCUCUCCAACCUGGCAAAAGUUUUCAGCGAAUACCGGCAAAGCCAAGGAUAUCCCCAUACCCAACCUUCCUCCCUUGGAUUUUCCGUCUCCAGAACUUCCCCUUAUGGAGCUCUCUGAGGAUAUUCUGAAAGGAUUUAUGAAUAAUUAAAAUGAAAGGCCAUAAAGGAGCUGAGAAGAAAGGACAAAAUAAUA